AUGAACUUUUUAUUGAUUUCUUUGAUCAUCUAAUUCAUAAGUUAUACGUUAGGAUUCACUAUAACUGAGAUCGAAGAGCCUCUAAGUUCGAUUAAAAUACAUCCAAAUGAACAUAGAACAUUAAUUUUAGAUGAUGCUAAAGAUGCUAUUCUAUUAUCAUAUAAUCAUAGUAGAGGUUGUGAAGUAACUCCAUUAUAACUCUAAUUUGAAACUCAAGAAUUCAGAAUCAUUCAACCAUAAGAUUUUACAGAAAAAGAUUUUGAAUCAGACACUAUUCUGAACUUUCGUUAAUUUGUGUCAAUGGUUCAUAUAAAAGAUGGCAUGUUAGCAAUUACUUCAGAUUCAAUUGCUUAUCUACUUAAAUUUAAUUAUAAUACUGUUUUUGAACAUGAUUUUGAAGAGAAAGGAUAAAAAUUUGCUAGAAUUUUAUGGAAAGCAGAUCUUCAAACAAUUGCCCCAUCUUUAGUUGCAAAAAAUGAAUUACCACAAUUAUUAUUUGCUCCUUCUUAUAAUUUAGCUUUUUUGUUAUUUAGUGAUAGUGCUUAACUAUUUAGUAUGGAAUAGAUGGAAUCAUAAACAACAUCACUUGAUGUAUAUUAGGUGACUGAUUGGAGAAAGAGAGGAUAUAGAGGAUUAACAAAAGAGAUAGAUGGUUUAGUAUUUAGUGCAGUUGGAAGAGAUGGAUUGGAUGUUUAUAAGAUUAUUUAAAAGGAUCUUAGAUUUAUAAAGAAUUUAAAGUUGAAAGAUUUUGGUUUGAAUUCUUCAAUAGAAAUAGUUGAUUUUGCUAUAGUAAAGCAUGGUAAAUUAGAUGGAUAUUAUUCAAUGUUUUUAUUGGAUAGGGAAUGUGGAUUAUUAUUAAUAGAUGUUCAUAAAGAUUAAUAUGUUAAUUUUGGAUUGAGAUCAUGGAUAAAUUUUUAAUCUGGAGGUAUAUCAGUAGAUACUAGAAAUGGUAGAAAUGUAUUUAUGGCUUAUUAAUCAAUGAAUCAUCAUUAUGUACUUGAAUACAAUGUAGAUUUAGAUAAUGGAAAUUCAUUUCAAAUAAGAAAAAAGAAGAUAGAUCAUAGAAUUAUUGAUUUAGAUGCCACAGAAGAUUUUGUUAUUGUAUAAGGUGUUAAUUAGCAUUUAAUUCUAUUUUCAAAUGGAUAUGAUUUUGUUAUGAAUAAUCAUCAAGAUUAAGUAUUUAAACAUUUAGGUUUAAGAGAUUUUGCUUUUUUUAAUUAAUCUUAUAAAUUGGAAGAUAUGGAUGAUAUUACUAAAGAAUACUAAUAUGAUGAUUUCUUUUUUGGAAUAACUGCAUAAAGUGCUUUUCUGACUAGAUUCUAGAUGUAACCAAUUAAAUUGAAUUGUUUCUAUCAUUAAACUGAUGGUAUUAUAAUUAAUAAAUAUUAAGUUGGAUAAAUUUUCACAUAUAUUCUCCAAUAUAAUACAACAGUAGAAGGUGUUUCAGAUCUGGUAGUAAGACAUACACAAAAGGUGAAUAUUGAGAUUGUGAAGACUUAUUUUUAUGAGGCAGAAUAUUACUUAUUAUAUUCAAUUGGUUUUUUGUUAGGAUCAGUGUUGUUAAUGGGAUUGGGAUAUAUAGGCUAUUGGUUUUAUAGUAAUAAAAGGGAACAUUAGAUAUUGGUGGAAUAUAUUGAGAAAACAGCUAGGGAGAAGGGAAUAAAGUAGAUUAAUGGAUCAACUAUUUAGAAAGGAGACGAAACUUCAGUUUUUUAAUAAAAUAAAUCUAUGUUAUCCUGAU